AUGUGGAACUGCAUGAGAAACAGCAAAGUAUCAGCAGAAGAUACUGAUGAGAAUGAGCCGGUAAAGAGACGCUCUGCCUCUGAUGGUGAUCGUACAAGUGGAACUAGGAGGAUUAGGUUGGUGGUGAACAAGGAAGAGUUGAGAAGGAUGGCGAGGGAGAACGAUGCUCAGCAAUAUGCUUCUUUGGCGCAAUUACUGAAAGAUAUGAAGAUGAGAGAAAAGAGAAUGAGUGAGGUUGAAGAAGAACAUGAUGGAAGCAUGAAUUCUUGGAGGCCAGCUUUAGAAAGCAUUCCAAGAGGUAUAAUUUUGGUGUUAUGA